UCGAAUUUUUAUUUUAUUUUCCGGGUUGUCGGAUGUCAAAGUCAAACUACAGCAGCAUAAAAAACCACCGAAUCUUGGCCGAUAUGCCAAAAAACGAGAGCAAUGAUGGUCCUUUAGUUCCUUGUAUGCAAAGCACCGUAUCCUUGCCCGCUCGAUCCAGCUCGUCUCUCUGUCAGACUCUCUUAGAGAGGAGAGAGUAAGCAACGACAAAGCCUUCCUCGUAGCUCCGCUUGCAUUUUCGAUAAUUCAUAAAAGGAGAGAGAGAAGCUCCACCUUCGCUUCCCUGACUUUCAGUUCAAGCAGCAGCACUAGAACCCUAAUCAGCGACUGUGUUAUUCAAUCUCUCUCUCUAUCUCUUACUCUCUCAAGAACGACUGUGUACGGCUCGAGGGAAAGGGAAGGAGGGCAUGGCGGGUCGUAGAGACGGGUCGUUGAUGCGGGAUAAGACCCAGUCAUUUCGUGGAUCUCGAAUAGUGACAGCCAUUGUCGUCGGAGUCCUUCUUGGCUCUGUCUGCGCCUUCUUCUUUCCUCACGGAUUCAUCAGCUCGGAUCCGCCUAUCCAAAGCCGUCGAUUCGGGAAAUUGGAUCUCCAGACUAGCUCAUCCCAAUGUGAAUCAACAGAACGGAUAAAUAUGCUGAGGUCUGACAUUGGAUCACUGUCGGACAAGAAUGAUGAGCUGAAGAAACAGGUUCAAGAUCUAACUGAAAAGCUACGGCUAGCUGAACAAGGAAAGGAUCAUGCACAUAAGCAGUUUUCAGUAUUAGGUAAACCGCAUAAGGCUGGCCCUCUUGGUACCGUCAAGGGCUUGAGAACUAACCCGACUGUCAUUCCCGAUGAAUCUGUGAAUCCGAGGUUGGCAAAGAUCUUGGAGGACGUUGCAGUUCAGAAAGAGCUUAUAGUUGCACUUGCAAAUUCAAAUGUGAAAGCCAUGUUGGAGAUAUGGUUUACUAGCAUCAAGAGGGUUGGUAUAACCAAUUAUCUAGUUGUAGGAUUAGACGACGAGAUUGAAGAAUUUUGCAUAGCUAAUGAUGUUCCUGUAUACAAGAGAGAUCCAGAUGAGGGUAUUGAUUCAAUUGCAAAGACAGGAGGUAACCAUGCCGUCUCUGGGUUGAAAUUUCGUAUCUUGAGGGAGUUUCUGCAACUAGGUUACAGUGUUCUUCUCUCAGAUGUUGAUAUAGUAUAUUUGCAGAACCCCUUCAAUCAUCUUUAUCGGGAUUCUGAUGUAGAGUCCAUGAGUGAUGGUCACAAUAACAUGACAGCUUAUGGAUUUAAUGAUGUGUUUGAUGAACCUUCUAUGGGUUGGGCUCGCUAUGCUCAUACAAUGAGGAUAUGGGUGUAUAACUCUGGUUUCUUUUACAUAAGACCUACACUUCCUUCAAUUGAGCUUUUGGAUCGUGUGGCUGGACGGCUCUCUAAGGAAAAAGCAUGGGACCAAGCAGUGUUCAAUGAGGAACUCUUUUUCCCUUCACAUCCGGGUUACGAUGGGCUUCAUGCUUCCAAGAGAACUAUGGAUUUCUAUCUCUUUAUGAACAGCAAGGUCCUCUUCAAGACAGUCAGGAAAGAUGCUAAUUUGAAAAAAUUGAAACCAGUAAUCCUUCAUGUAAAUUACCACCCAGAUAAACUUCCAAGGAUGAAGGCAAUUAUGGAGUUCUAUGUUAACGGCAAGCAAGAUGCGCUGGAACCGUUCCCCGAGGGUUCUCAAUGGUAGUGAUAGUUCUACAGACCCAUGGAUGGGCUAAACAGUACACACGCUCUGUAAUUCAACUGAUACAGGUAGAGGCGAAAUUGAUUGCAUCUUCUGAGGCCAAUUCAAAGUCUCUUUUUUUCUUCUUCUUCUUUUUCCCCCUGAGUUUCCUUUCAAAUUUUUGUUUUGUAUGGAUAGUAACUUUCUGAGUUUCACUAGAGUAUCUCCUGAGAUGACAUUUGUUCUUUAUCAUAUAUACCAAGAAAUGUCACAUAA